GCGGCCCAAGUGCACCACUCUUCCUCAACUCUGGACUUCCAACCCUAGGACUUUUAACUGGAUUUUUUGCCAGGCCUCGGAGGAGCUUGGAGCAUGGUACCUUGAAACCCAGGAUAUCCGGGGCCAUCUCCCGUUCUCUGUUCCCUCACCCUUCAGAGCCCCAGCCCUCCAACUCAAGAUGGGGCGGGAGCAGGACCUGAUUCUUGCAGUGAAGAAUGGGGAUGUGGCUGGGGUACAGAAGCUGGUGGCCAAAUUCAAGGCAGCGAAGAGCAAACUCCUUGGCUCCACUAAGAAACUCAACGUGAACUACCAGGACACAGAUGGGUUCUCAGCUCUGCACCAUGCAGCCUUGGGGGGCAGCCUGGAGCUAAUGGCAUUACUCCUAGAAGCUCAAGCCACAGUGGAUAUCAAAGAUAGCAAUGGCAUGCGUCCCUUGCACUAUGCGGCCUGGCAGGGCCGGCUGGAACCCGUUCGCCUGCUCCUGAAAGCAGCCGCUGCCGUUAAUGCCGCUUCCCUGGAUGGGCAGAUCCCACUGCACCUGGCAGCCCAGUACGGGCAUUAUGAAGUGUCAGAAAUGCUUCUGCAACAUCAAUCCAACCCAUGCCUGGUCAACAAGGCGAAGAAGACACCGCUAGAUUUGGCCUGUGAGUUUGGAAGACUCAAGGUAGCCCAGCUGCUCCUAAAUAGCCACCUGUGUGUGGCUCUGUUGGAGGGUGAGGCCAAAGAUCCGAGUGACCCCAACUACACGACCCCCCUGCAUCUGGCCGCCAAGAACGGGCACAAGGAGGUUAUCAGGCAGUUGCUACGAGCUGGGAUUGAGAUCAACCGGCAGACGAAGACUGGCACUGCCCUGCACGAGGCAGCGCUCUAUGGGAAGACUGAGGUGGUGCGCUUGCUGCUGGAGGGCGGCGUGGACGUGAACAUCAGGAAUACAUACAACCAGACAGCCCUGGAUAUCGUGAACCAGUUCACUACCUCCCAGGCCAGCCGGGAAAUCAAGCAGCUGCUACGGGAGGCUUCAGGGAUCCUAAAGGUCCGAGCUCUCAAGGAUUUCUGGAACCUUCAUGACCCUACUGCCCUCAAUAUCCGGGCCGGAGACAUUAUCACGGUUCUUGAACAACACCCAGAUGGACGGUGGAAGGGACACAUACACGAGAGCCAGCUGGGCAGGGACCGGGUGGGAUAUUUCCCACCUGGCAUUGUUGAAGUGGUCAGCAAGCGGACUGGGGUAAUCAUACCCCAUCCCUCCACUGGGACUAUACCUCUGCGCCCGAGUUUUGCCAGGACCCCUCAGCUACCAGCUGAUGACCCCCUGCACCCUCUCACCUAUAGCCAACUUCCUCGGGCAGUUGUUAGCCCAGAUAGCCCAGCAGCCAGUGACAGGAACAGUGUGGGCAGUGAAGGAAGUGUGGGCAGCAUCCGCAGUGCAGGUAGUGGGCAAAGCUCUGAGGGCCCAAAUGGACACAACACUGGCCUCCUCAUCGAGAAUACUCAGCCACUGACCCCUUCUGGAGAGGACCUGCCUCUGCCUGGCCUGCACCCCACAUCCCUGCCAGAAGGCUUAAGUCACUGGUCUCUGACAAACCACCGCCCCAGGGAACAAAUCUUCAACCAGGACGUGAGGCCAGAACAGAUGCUGGAGGGGAAGGAUGCUCAGGCUAUUCACAAUUGGCUGAGUGAGUUCCAACUGGAAAGCUACACAGCUCACUUCCUGCAGGCUGGCUACGACGUGCCGACCAUCAGCCGAAUGACGCCAGAGGACCUGACAGCCAUUGGGGUAACGAAGCCUGGACACAGGAAGAAGAUUGCUACUGAGAUCACACAGCUUAACAUUGCAGAAUGGCUCCCCAGCUACAUCCCGGCGGACCUCCUGGAGUGGCUGGGGGCCCUGGGGCUGCCUCAGUAUCACAAACAACUAGUGAGCAGCGGCUACGAUUCCAUGGGGCUGGUGGCUGACCUCACCUGGGAGGAGCUGCAGGAAAUUGGAGUCAAUAAACUCGGCCAUCAGAAGAAGCUGAUGCUGGGAGUGAAACGUCUAGCGGAACUCCGACGGAGCCUGCUGCAGGGGGAAGGUCUGGGUGGGAGUGGAAGUGGUGGCAGGAGGCGAGUGGCAGAGGGUCCAGAGGUGAUGGCCAUUGAAGGGUUGGAGAAUGGUGAUGGCCCUGCUGGGCCCCGGCUGGUCACCUUCCAAGCCAGUGAACUGAGUCCUGAGCUGCAAGCGGCUAUGGCCAGGGGUACCCCAGAGCCUCUGACCUUGCCCCCAACCCGUUCCCCCAGCCAGGAGAGCAUUGGGGCACGUUCUAGGGGUUCUGGGCACUCUCAGGAACAGCCUACCCCAAGAUGCAAUACUGGGCACCCCAGUCCCCCUCCAGAGAGGAAUCUGCCAGAGGGUAAUGAACAGCCUCCCAUCAAAGACACCCCUGCCUUUAGCCUUGUGCAUCCCCAUAGUUCACCCCCUAGUCCAGCUCCUAUGCCACCUUCUAGUGCCCCCAGAGCCUUCUCCUACCUGUCUGCUUCUGCUUCAACUCCUCCUGACCCACCCCGACCCAAACGCCGCUCCCACAGCUUGAGCCGCCCAGGAUUAACAGAAGGGGAGUCUGAGGGACCAGUAGGUAGCACCUUGGACAGCUAUGCUACCCUGACCCGGCGCCCUGGGCGAAGCACCCUGACCCAGGUCAGUCCUGGCUCUGCUCUGACUAGAGGAGCUCCCCGCAGCCAGUCCUUUGCCUUACGGGCUCGCCGAAAAGGGCCCCCACCUCCACCUCCCAAACGCCUCAGCUCCGUCACCGGUACUGCUCCAGACUCUGUUCUGUCUGGUGGGAGCCCAGGGCCUGAAGAAGAAGCUGUGGCAUCCCGCAGACGCACCCUGAGUGAACCAACUGGACCUACUGAUCCUCCUGGUUCUCUUGCCCCUGGGGGUCCUGCUUCUGACACAGAAGAGGAGCGGACAGAAGGGACGUCCCGCUCCCGGGGCAGCUCUGGUGAGGGGCUGCCCUUUGCUGAAGAAGGCAACCUGACUAUCAAACAGCGACCCAAGCCCGCUGGGCCCCAGAACCGCGAGGUCCCUGUUUCUCCUGGACUUGACUUCAACCUCACAGAGUCAGACACCGUCAAGCGGAGGCCCAAAUGCCGGGAGAGAGAGCCGCUACAGACGGCGCUUCUAGCUUUUGGGGCUGCCAGCGCUACCUCCAUCUCCUCACAGCCUCCAGAGCCCACCACCUUUUCCUCGGCAUCUCCCACCCACAACCCCUUGACUCCCACCCCUCUAGCUCCUGGCUCCAACAACUCACUGACUCUUAACACCCCCCACCCCAGCAAUACCUCAACCCAGACUCCCACUCCCCAGUUGCCUGGGUCUGGCCUAGACGAUUCAGCGGCCACUCAGCCAAAAGGGGAGACAAAGUCCCCAGCUCCCACCACAGCCCUCAUCAAAGUGCCAGUAGGAGGAGCGGCUCCCAAGCCUGUGUCAGUGGCUUGCACACAGCUUGCGUUCUCCGGCCCUAAGCUGGCCCCAAAGCUCGGUCCUCGUCCUGCCCCGCCGCCAAAGCCUGAAAAUGGGGGAGUGCCCGUCGCUGCUCUUGUCCAACAGAGACUGGAGCAGACCAGCUCUUCCCUAGCAGCCGCCCUGAGGGUGGCCGAAAAGAGCAUUGGUGCUGAGGAUGGAGGAGGCCUCUCCUCACAGGGCAACUCCAAGCACAUCCUGGAUGAUAUCAGCACCAUGUUUGAUGCCUUGGCCGACCAACUGGAUGCCAUGCUGGACUGAGCUGAAACCUCGCUCUUCCCCGAGUGGCAGCAUGUGAGGUGCCUUUGCUCCAGCAAGGAAGAAGUUAACAGUCCAGAGGGGAAAGCUGGAGCCUAUGAGAAGCAGGAGCAGAACUGGAGUGCUUCUUCCUUCCAUGCCUGCCCUUCCUGUAAGCCAAUACCUGUCAGGACCGCAGCUCCUCCCCUGAGCAGCCCCCAGCCUGAGGGGCGAAGCAAACUUGUUGGAGCCUGAGAGGCUCAGGGCUGCUCUGGCACCUGGCAUUGUGUAAUCUGACCUGAUGGCUCUGCCCCUCAGGACCGUGGCCUCUGGGGAAAGCGUCCUCCCCAGGGAUGAGGCUUUGUGACCUCCCGUUCUGCCCCCUUCCGUCUUCACAACCAGCCUCUAUCUUCUGAGGGUGCCUGUCAGGCAAAAGAACUUUUCCCAGAACUUGGGCCUUAUGGGUGGUUGGAAGCAAAGUUCAACCCCUAACCUAUCCAGGAUGGGCACCCUUGCUGGCCCAGCGCCCGCUCCCACCCUGACCUGUCUGUGUAUAUGGUAUGUGUAAAGAGGCUGGGCUGGGGAUGUCAGUGGGGCAUGGGACCUAAGGGGCCAGGUCCAGGUGCCCAGGCAUUCCCUUUGCCAGUUCCCCCUCCCCCACUGCUCUGACAAAGCUGCUGUGAACUAGGGCUGGGAGCUGGGCUGUUAUGGGCCUGGUGUUACAGGCCGCCUUGUGUGUACUUGCAGAUUUUUUAAGCAGAGAGAAAGGUGUAUAUUUGAAAUGGAAUUUUCUCUAUUAACAGGCAGGGAGGUGCUCUAGCUACCUUGGACCUGAGAACCACUCAGUUAUGUCAAUAGCCUCCCUCCCCCUCCCCCAGACCAUUAACCCUUUCCCAACACUAAUUUCAAUGAAAGACUCAUUCACUUGCUGCA